CAGUAUCCAGAACAGAUGCGUUCUCCGUAUGUUGUCGUGCACCGCGGCUUAGCACAUGCCUCUAUACUAUUUCUGGACUCUGGUAUGCGUGAUUUCAUGUGGCAGGAUGUAAUGUGACAAAAUAGUGUACAUUAUCGUCGUCAUCAAAAUUGGAUUAAUUGAGCAAAAUUUAAAGUAAAAUAUCAUUUCACCAUGAAACCGGUGUCGUCUGUUAGUUUUCUAGUGCUGUUGGCAGUCAUAAUCACUGUUCAAGGGAGCAUCAUGUAUCAGAGCCCAAAAGUUCUAAUCGUCACUUUAAUCCGAAACAAAGAACAUACACUGCCCUACUUUUUCUCUUAUCUGGAAGAUCAAGAAUACCCGAAAGAUCGAAUCUCGCUAUGGAUUCGAUCGGACUACAACGAGGAUCGCAGUAUAGACAUCACAAAAGCCUGGCUCAAGAGAGUCUCGAAAAAGUAUCACAGUGUGGAUUUCGGCUACCGUAGCGAUGCAGAGAAACGGCCCGACGAAAAGAGCAGUACCCAUUGGUCAGAGGACCGGUUCGCCGAUGUGAUCCGACUGAAACAGGAAGCGCUCGACAAGGGAAGGAAAAUGUGGGCCGACUUCGUUUUGUUCUUAGACGCUGACGUUCUUCUCGCCAAUCCAAUUACAAUCGCCAAGUUAGUGGACCUCAAUUUACCAAUCGUAGCACCAAUGCUCCUAUCAGAUGGCUUGUAUUCCAAUUUUUGGUGUGGAAUGACCACGGACUAUUACUACCAUCGGACAGAUGAAUACAAGGAAAUACUCAACUAUGAAAAAACGGGCCAAUUUCCCGUCCCGAUGGUACACAGUGCGGUCAUGGUGAACAUCAAUGUCGCACAAUCGUUGGCUCUUACGUUCGACAAGAAACGUCUUCCGCCUGGGCAUUACAACGGUCCGCUAGACGAUAUCAUCAUUUUCGCCAUGUCCGCUAACUACAGCUCGAUUCCAAUGCAUAUUUCCAAUUCAGCGUCAUAUGGCUACAUUUUGGUGCCUCUGGAACAAGGCGAUACGUUGGAGAAAGACAUGGAACAGCUUACGAAUGCCAAAGUCUACAUAAUUAACGAAUAUGGUGCGGUGAAGCUAAAAGAAGAUUUGAAACAUUUCGUGAAGGAGGUUCCCAAAGACAAAAUGGACGUUUCUAAGAUCUACAUGAUUAAUUUAGAGAGAAGACCCGAACGGAGGAACAAAAUGUUCAACAAUUUCGAUGAACUUGGUCUAGAUGUGGAAUUCUUCCCCGCUGUGGAUGGACGGCAGCUAAACGACGAGAAGUUGCGGGAGAUUGGCGUUAAAUUUCUGCCUGGAUAUGCAGAUCCAUAUCAUAAAAGACCGAUGACCAUGGGUGAAAUAGGUUGCUUUUUGAGUCACUACUACAUCUGGCAAAAGAUGAUUGCGCUGAACCUAGAGGAAGUUCUCAUCCUGGAAGAUGACAUUCGUUUUGAGCCCUACUUCAAACGUAGGGUUGCUCAAGUUCUGGCCGAUGCUCGCCGUAUUGGAGGAUGGGACCUGAUUUACUUUGGUCGCAAACGAUUGCAGGAGGAUGAUGAGAAAUGGGUUGAAGGAUCUGAAACUUUAGUCGUAGCGGGAUAUUCCUAUUGGACCCUAGGGUACCUCAUAUCCCUUCAGGGAGCCAGAAAAUUGCUUGCAGAGCAACCUCUGCAAAAACUUGUUCCUGUAGACGAAUAUAUACCGAUCAUGUUCAACAAUCAUCCCAACGAGUCAUGGGUGAACCAAUUUAACAAUAGAAACUUAGUUGCCUGGAGCGCUGCCCCACUAUUGCUCUAUCCUACUCAUUACACAGGCGACGAUGGAUACAUUUCGGACACUGAAGACUCAGUUCAAAUUGAUAAUUUUAAUAAACCACAAAAUGACACCUCGGAAAAUUCGGUUGAUAAAAAAGGUGAUAAAGAGCAACUGAGCAGCAAAACACUGAUGGACUCAACUAUAUCUAGAGACGAACACGAACUAAGUGUUGCCAAUAGAAAAACUGAGCUCUAGCGCAGAGACGUGGGGUCACCUAAGCCUGAAUUGAUGACUGCCCUUAAACUGAUGGAAGUUUAUAACACAAGUGCAAAAUGAGAUUUAAUCAAAACGUAUAAGAUAAGCAAAAUUUUUAAAAGCAAUGAACCAAAAAUGUAUAUGUGCCUUAUAGGUUUAGUGUUGUGUGUGUCUAAAUUUAGAAAUAAAUCCCAUUUUUCAAAAUUUUA